CCGGGAACCGGAAGCGGGGCCUGGCGGUGGAGCGCAGCCGGGGCAGUAGCGCCGUGAGGGACGAACAGGAGCAGCUGGGUGAGACUAGUUUGGGGAUGUGAACACAAUGAGUGUAAACCAGCAAGCUCACACAGGGCUUCCUUAUGGGCAGCCUCAGCCUGGAUAUCAGGGAUACCAACAGUCUGGUUAUGGAGGGCAGCAAAUGCCUGGAGUUCAUCAUUCUCAGUAUGGCGCUUACAAUGGUCCGCUGCCAGGAUAUCAGCAGCCAGCCCCUCCACAAGGUACAUUAAGAGCUCCCCCUACAUCUGGAGCGCCCCUACCAACCUCUGGUGCACCUGUUCCUGCUGGCCAGCCAGUGUAUAGUCAGUUUGGGCAAGGAGAUGUGCAGAAUGGGAUUGCAACUUCAGCAGUCCAGAUGCAAAGGCCCUCUGCAUCUCAGCCAUUCAUACCAGGCACUGCACCCACACCUGUUAGCCAACCAGCUACCUUCCAGCAAUAUGGCCCUCCCCCAACCAGUGCGCAGCAACUGACCAAUCACAUGGCAGGAAUGCAGAUAGGCAGUUCAACCUCUGCUCCUCCCCCAGCUGGACUGGGCUAUGGUCCCCCAACAUCCGUUCCUCCAGCCUCAGGAAGCUUUACUGCAACAGGAUCUGGUCUCUACACAUCUUACUCUUCAAGCCAAGGACCCCCUCCUGUUACCAUGACCCAUGGAUUGCCUCCUACCAGCCUGUCUCAGGGUCUUUCCCUGGCGCAACCUGCUUUUUCUGGUCCACCACUGUCAGCCCAGCGCCUCCCUCAAGCCCCUGGUUUUGUCCCACCUCCCUGCUCCACAGGGAUUGGACCUUCCAGUUACCCUCCUACCACUGGGGCCCCAAGACCUUCAACAAUGCAAGGCUCACAGUUACCUGGACAGGCUCUAACUGGAUUACCAACAUCCCAGCCUAAUCAUGUGUCCUCACCACCACCUCAUCCAUCCAUGUCAGGGCCUGCAAUGACUGGCCUUCAGGGACCACCUCCUCCCACACAUCCUUCCCAGUCAGGAUACCAAAUGCAGCAGAAUGGUUCCUUUGGACAGGUUAGAGGCCCACAACCAAACUAUGGCGGCGCUUAUCCAGGAACACCAAAUUACGGGAGUCAACCUGCACCACCUCCCCCGCCAAAACGCUUGGAUCCGGACUCCAUUCCUAGCCCUCAACUCAGUGAGCUGCCACCCCAGCAGAAACCCAGGCACAGAAUAGACCCAGAUGCAAUUCCUAGCCCAAUCCAAGUAAUUGAAGAUGACAGAAAUAACCGUGGAUCAGAGCCAUUCAUCACUGGAGUUAGAGGGCAGGUCCCACCCCUCGUUACUACCAAUUUUCUGGUGAAAGAUCAAGGUAACGCGAGCCCUCGCUACAUAAGAUGCACAUCUUACAAUAUUCCUUGCACCUCAGAUAUGGCCAAACAAUCCCAGGUUCCCCUAGCUGCUGUCAUAAAACCACUGGCUACGCUACCCACAGAUGAGGCCCCUCCCUAUUUGGUAGACCAUGGAGAACCUGGUCCUAUACGGUGCAAUCGGUGCAAGGCCUACAUGUGUCCUUUUAUGCAGUUCAUUGAGGGUGGAAGGAGAUUCCAGUGUUGCUUCUGCAGCUGCGUCACUGAGGUGCCUCCUCACUACUUCCAGCAUUUGGAUCAUACUGGCAAGAGAGUGGAUUUCUAUGAUCGACCUGAAUUAUCGUUGGGCUCCUAUGAGUUUUUGGCAACAGUCAGCUACUGUAAGAAUAACAAGUUUCCCAAUCCACCUGCUUUCAUUUUCAUGAUUGAUGUGUCUUACAAUGCUGUAAAGAGUGGCUUGGUGAGGCUGAUCUGUGAAGAGUUGAAGUCACUCCUGGAUUACCUGCCCAGGGAAGGCAACAUGGAAGAGUCAGCCAUUCGGGUGGGCUUCGUCACUUACAACAAAGUGUUGCACUUCUAUAAUGUGAAGAGCUCAUUGGCACAGCCGCAAAUGAUGGUUGUGUCGGACGUAGCUGAUAUGUUUGUGCCGCUGCUUGAUGGCUUCCUGGUGAACGUGAAUGAGUCCAGGACAGUUAUUGUCAGUUUGCUGGACCAGAUCCCGGAAAUGUUUGCAGACACAAGAGAAACAGAAACUGUCUUUGCCCCAGUGAUUCAGGCAGGAAUGGAGGCACUGAAGGCGGCAGAGUGUGCUGGCAAGCUCUUCAUCUUUCACACCUCACUGCCCAUUGCAGAGGCUCCAGGGAAGCUGAAGAACAGAGAUGACAGGAAGCUAAUCAACACAGAUAAGGAAAAGACUUUGUUUCAGCCUCAGACGAGCUUCUACAGCAACUUGGCCAAGGACUGUGUGGCCCAGGGCUGCUGUGUAGAUCUGUUCCUUUUUCCAAACCAGUAUUUGGAUGUGGCGACACUGGGGGUGGUUCCUUACCAGACAGGUGGCACCAUUUAUAAAUACGCCUAUUUCCAACUGGAGACAGACCAAGAACGGUUCCUGAAUGACUUGCGCAAAGAUGUCCAAAAGGAAGUGGGAUUUGAUGCUGUGAUGAGGGUGCGCACAAGCACGGGUAUUCGAGCAACGGACUUCUUUGGAGCUUUCUACAUGAGCAACACGACGGAUGUGGAGCUGGCGGGUCUGGACUGUGAUAAAACCAUCACAGUGGAAUUCAGACAUGAUGACAAACUGAGUGAAGAUAGUGGGGCGCUUCUUCAGUGUGCUCUGUUGUACACAAACUGCGCAGGACAGCGACGACUCCGCAUUCACAACCUCUCCCUGAACUGUUGCACGCAACUUGCUGACCUCUACCGGAAUUGUGAGACAGACACACUCAUCAAUUUCUUGGCUAAGUUUGCGUAUCGUGGGGUUCUGAAUAAUCCAGUCAAGACAGUGCGAGACACGCUGAUCAACCAGUGCGCACAGAUUCUGGCAUGUUACCGAAAAAACUGUGCUAGCCCCUCUUCUGCUGGCCAGCUGAUCCUCCCUGAAUGCAUGAAGUUGCUUCCUGUGUACUUAAACUGUGUGUUGAAGAGUGAUGUCCUGCAGCCUGGGGCAGAAGUCACCACUGAUGACCGCGCCUACAUCCGCCAGUUAGUCAGCUCCAUGGAUGUAGCAGAAACAAACGUUUUCUUUUACCCCAGGCUUUUGCCUCUGACCAAAGUAGAUGUUGACAGCGACACCUUGCCAGCGGCAAUCCGGAACUCUGAAGAGCGACUCUCUAAGGGCGACAUGUACCUGCUAGAGAAUGGACUGAACAUCUUUGUGUGGGUAGGAGUGAAUGUACAGCAGGGCCUGAUCCAGAACCUCUUUGGAGUGUCAUCCUUCAACCACAUCAGCAGCACUCUGAGUACCUUGCCAGUCUUGGAAAACCCCUUCUCUAAGAGAGUGCGAUCCAUCAUUGACAUGUUCCAGGCACAAAGAUCCCGCUACAUGAAGCUAAUAAUUGUGAAGCAAGAAGAUAAAUUGGAGAUGCUAUUCAAACACUUUCUGGUGGAGGACAAGAGCAUGAGUGGUGGGGCUUCAUAUGUGGACUUCCUCUGUCAUAUGCACAAGGAGAUUCGGCAGCUACUGAGCUAGAGGAGGGAGUGGUGCUGGACUCCAGCAGUGACAUUUCAAUCUCCACUAACCACCUGAUCCAUGGGCCCAGCUCCCUCAAGAAGGACAACAUAGAAACCUGUACAAUUCCGUAAUUUUUAAUACACAUUGCAUAAGCAGAGAUCCUUUCAACCUCUCCCAGCCCCAUUUGAGAGAGAUGCAAAAUUUCCUGGUGAGGGCAGAGAAAAGGCUUUUGAAACAGGUCUUUUACCUGUCUCUAAGUUUCCUGUACUUGGCAGGAAUCUACCCCCCCCCCCCCCCCAUGCUCGCUAAUCCUGUUGUAAUGAAUGUAGUUUCUCAGUUCACUGUACAUGAUUCAGCAUUGGGUGAAAAAGCGAUAACUCUUCAAAACUACUAGUCGUUGCUGUGUGUUUGUGUGCGUGCGUGCAUGCUCCAAGAGUGAAGAGGAGCCAGGAGGGGGAGGACAGGAGGCAGGCCAUCCAGCCAGAUGGUGGGAGUUGGAGCACUUAAGCAUUUUUUUACAUCUCCUUCCUAGUUUAGGGGAAAAUACAACAUGCAGAGCACAAACUGCAGCUUGUGGCCCUCUGGACCCAGGAGUCUUCAUUUAAAAAAAAAAAACCAAACAACUUAUCAGCUGAGCUGUGAGCCAGGGGCUAGCAGGACAAAUCCUUCCCAUAUCUCUACAUCUUUAUUGUAGUAAGAGUUGCAGUGCAGAACUGUAGUAGAAUAAAUAAUUUUUAAAAGUGAGUGAGCAACAAUCAACAGCUGCUGAAUGGGAGAGGGGUAGAAUCAGUGCCUUCUAUUGGCAUGAAUGGCACCCCCACAACCACCUUCUCUUCCUUGGGAAGAGCAACCUCCCCUAUCUUAUUUUUCUGUGUAGCAUCGUCUUACCCCUUCCAUGUUCUAUGGCCUCUUGUCACUCACUUGUUUUGUUAAAGCCUACCUACACUGUUCUAUUCAUGGUGAUCAUACCCGCCGCCUCCCUGUUUCAGUUUAAAUAGGAAAUAUUUUUAGCAAGGUGACAUGGGCUGUAGGGAACAGGAUCUGGAUGGCAAGGUGGCCGUUUUCUGUUCAGACUAGGCUGAAUCACAGCAAAUAAGCAAGGAUCUGAAUUUUACCAGUGCAAACUUGAGGCUGCUUUGUACCCCAGAGUGCAAGGAAGGGGAUGCAAAGGAACAAAAAUAGAGUUUAAACUGCGCUGCAUAAGGUAAUACCAAGUACUUGACCUCAGUUGUUGGGAAGGUGCCAUAGUGGAAAGAAUAUUUUCAACGCUGUAUGUUUAUACCCCCUGUUCUACCUACUGAUCCAUCUGCAUAGAAAACUUUUUAUAAGCCUGUUUGUUAACCUAGGAUACCUCAGACAGAUUAGCCCAUCCACUUUGUGGCUGGCCACUCUGCCUCUCCACUCUGUAAGGAUGGAAGAGAGGACUCCUGCAAAGGGGAGUGAUGAGUCUAAAUCAGAUUCAAAAUUCUAAGGGCUUGUUCAUUAAUUUUUGAAAGGGGAGUAAUUUACUUUAACACUGACAGAGCUCUUACAAUACCCAGGAUUUAGUGAGGGGGCAGCAGCACUGAAGAUGUGAGGGAGAAAUGGGAGAAUAUGCAGAAUAAUGGGUGAACAGAUUGGAUGCAGUUAGAGGACAUGUUUUAGCUGGACUUGUCUUUUCAAAAUAGGAUCCUUGUGCAGAAGACCGGUUUUGUUUUAAAACAAAAAACUUGGCUCUGUGGUUUUAGUCCCAUUUACAUUGUGUGUAAAUCUGGUUUUCUUCUACUGCCGCUAGUUUUGUCUUCUCUCGUAUCACUACACACAGAGGGGAAUACGAGAACAGUAAUGAAGAAACUCCUUUAAGAUGCAGUAGACAAUUCUUCAGCAUUUUUUGUAUGUAUGUGGCUUUUUUUUUUUUUACCCCAUACACUGCCUCCAACCAAAAAUGUAGAGGGUUUUUUUUUGUUUUUUGUUUUUUUUUAAACCGCUGAAGAGAGCUUCCCGGGAAUACGAUGCUCGGCAACCACAGACUUCCACAAUACUAAUUUCUAGUAUUAAUAUAAGAGGGGAAAAUAAGCUCAUAAGUGAACCUUUCAUUUUCUUCACUCUUGUUUUUUUCCAAUGCAUCUUUUAAUUUGUAAAGAAAUAAAAAAAUAUAUUAAGAUGUAUUUUAUGUCAUUGUUAGUAAAUAAGCACUGCUGAUUAUUUUUCCAAACGCUGUAUUUUGGGGGGGAGGAAGGAAGGGGAAAGACUGGGGUCUAGGUGAGUAAUCACAAUCCAACCUGCUGCCAAUCAAGUUCUGUAUUUUUAAUAUUUCCUGUUUGGAUGUGUUUAACUUUCCACCCCUUCUGAACCUUUAUUUUGCUGAGAACAUUCCCUUUCCGCUGAGAUGGCUUGGGUUAAAUUACGACUACUUUUUGGUCUAUUUCCAUAACCAUUUUAGUUGAUAUUUUGAGACAGUACUAUUAUUCGCUACAAUUAGAAUCUCAAGGACCCCAUUUUUCUCAGAGUACCCCAUCGUUAAUAUGGCAAGAGAAUUACUGAUUUUCUUGGAAUCCAAAAAUAAAGUUCAAAUUAAACACAGCAGUUGGCAACAGCAUUUUGCAAGUCUAAGCUAAACUUGUAAUCUGUGCAUUGCACUUUAAUUUGAAUCCCAUUGUCUCCUCUAUACACUUAACUGCAGCCUAAAAUAUAUUGUACAUUUAACACUGAUAAAAAUAAUCUUUUCAGCAAUCUGUAUAUGAAAACAGAAGCCAAUCAUUGCUAAAUAUCCAUCAUUAUUUUCUGGAGAGAUUCCAAUCUGUUAUUGAGGGCAUGUUCCUAUAUUUGUUAUGUCCAAAAUCACUGCUGAACUGACACUUUGAGAUAAGUGAUGGGCUUUGUGCAUUAAUUAUCUGGAAUAAAUUGUGCCUGCAGGAAUGUUGUGAGAUUACCCCUUUCAAUGUUUAUGGAAGUUGCCUAGCUGAACCAACAUCUACCAUCUUGAAUGUACUUAGCUGGGAUUUUUGCAUAUCAGUGCAAUGAGUGGAUGGGUUCCUGAGAAGAAAAUGGCAUAAGCACAUAAGAUUUACUGCACUGGACUUCUGCUUCAAAGGAAGGCAAAAAAGAACCCACGGUGUCUUUAGCCUGUUGUUCUUUGCUGUAGGUGUAAAAGACAAUUUUUCUUGUCUUGUGCAGGUGCUAAGUUUACAUCCUAAACUAUGACAUUGGAUUUCUCAUCACUACAAGUGUUCUGAUCAGUGUAUCUACUCUUUCUUUAAAGGCAAGGUGCUCUUUGGGGCAGGGACAGUCAUCUUAUUCUGUCUAUACAGCACUUAGCACAGUGGGGCCUUGGUCCAUGACUGGGGCUCCUAGGCACAAUGGUAAUACAAAUACUAAAUAAUAAAAGGCAGUUUGACAUGAGCUCAUACACCUCUGCAGUCUUUUUUCAGCCUUCCUUUGAAUCUUACCCUCCCUUUCUAACUCAGUUGUGUUGGUUAAAAAGCAGACAAGAGUUGUAUCAAUCUGAUCCUAUGACAUCCUAUAUCAUUUCAAGUUGGUAUAAGAAAGAAGCUGUAUGGAAACAUAAACCAUACAGGUUGGCGAAAUUUUUUUAAUCUUUGUCACCUAAAGCAAUAAUUGUAUGUUUUUUCCCAUUUUGUGGAUCAUGUCAGAAGAUAAAGAUCUUGUAGACACAUUCCACUCUGUCUUUCUCUGCAAUACCUAGAGUGUAUGGUCACAAAGUAAUAUUAGGAAAGUAGCGCGACAAGAGGCUGAAAAUGCAUUUGCUUUCAUGAGUACCACUGCUCAGUUACUUCUACCAAUUCUGUAUCUUUGCUGUUUUGCUUCCUCUUCAUAAGCUUAGAAUUCUGUUUAUUAGUACCAAAUCUCUCCUUGGCUAUAGCUUCCCACUGCUUUAAUUGUUGCAGUUUGGAUUUGUCCUCCUGUGUGUUUGCUGCCCUACCACACUUGGUUAUCCAUAAAUUUCAUCACAGUUGAAUUGACACCAAAGAAACUUCAGGCACACAUGUAGCAGCUGCAUAAUGGGCAGAAAGAGGGUUUUAGAUAGUGUUUUUCUUUAAAGCAUGUGAAAAUCCUAAAAAUCUAAGUCAAAGCUCCUUGACAACUGAAAUAUUUGACCAUUAUUUAGAAACAGCUUAGCAGACCACUUUGAGAAUCAUUGCCUUAGCACAUCUGAAAAUGGGCCUUAGGAUGCAGAGUUAUAAUUUCUGCUCUGUCUUCGCCUACCCCUUUCAGUUUGAUUGCCCUAAUUCUCAAUUAAGAGCUUGUCAACCCACACACUGGAACCCAAAUUAACAUCUGUUUUAAUUCAUACUAUUAUUUUGGUGCAAGUCUGAGGGUGGACAUUUGUUUUGGAAUAAUUACUUUAUUUCAAUUUAAGUCCAUUUUUUGUACUCACUUAAGCUAAAUCAAAAUAGGGCAGUCAUAUUCUGUGUGUCCACAGAUAGGACUGCACCGAAAUAACUAAUAGUGUGAAUUAAACCAGAUUUGUUAUUUUGGUUCCAGUUUGUGUGUAGGCAAGCCCUAUAAUCUCCCUAUUCAUGAAUUUCUCCUUCCUUUGUUCGCUUCCUUUCUUCUUACUCCUUGUCACUUCUUUGUAUCAGGACAUGAGUGACUUAAGAAAACUAUAUGGUCUUUUCUUCUUCCUAACCUAUUAUGUAUGCAAUGUAGUUGCCGUGUCGGUCCCAGGUAUUAGCGAGACUAAGUGCAUGAAGUAGUAUCUCUUAUUGGACCAACUUCUCUUUCUCACCAACAGAAGGUGGUCCAAUACAAGACAUUACCUCAUCCACCUUGUCUCUCUAAUAACCUCGUAUGUAGUCAGUCUUCCUACCAUUGUUAAAAAUUCCUUUGCCAUUGGCACUUUCUCUAACUUUUAAAUCUACCGUUGGUACCUUCCUUCUUUAAAAUUUCCUGGCUACUAAUACUCUUAUCAAACCAAUUUCUAACCUUAACAAAGCAUUUGAGAAAGCGGUGGACCUCUGACCACAGUAGCAUUGUUUGUUUUCUUUGUUACAAUGUAACAAUUUGUUUUCCUCUUUAUUGUGUCAGAUCCUGUAGUCCGG